CCGGAGCCCCUGCUCAACCAUGACCCAAAGCUGCAGACCCUCCGGCCCUGCCCUGGCCUCCAUCCUGCUGACCGUGCUGCUGGGUGGCCCCGUGCUGGCCUCCAAGAUCGUGGGUGGCCGGCGGGCGCAGCCCCACGCGUGGCCCUUCAUGGUGUCCCUGCAGCGGCGUGGAGGCCACUUCUGUGGCGGCACCCUGGUGGCCCCGAACUUCGUCAUGUCGGCCGCGCACUGUGUGAAUGGCAUAAACUUCCAGACAGUGCAGGUGGUGCUGGGGGCGCACAACCUGGGCCGGCGUGAGCCCACCAGGCAGCUGUUCAGCGUCCAGCAAGUCUUUGAAAACGGCUUCGAUGCCCAGCAGCUGCUGAAUGACAUCGUGCUUCUGCAGCUCAACGGGUCAGCCACCAUCAACGCCAAUGUGCAGGUGGCCAGCCUGCCUGAGCAGGGCCAAGGUGUGGGUAACGGGGUACAGUGCCUGGCCAUGGGAUGGGGUCGGCUGGGCACAAACCAGCCGCCACCCAGAAUCCUCCAGCAGCUCAACGUGACCGUGGUGACAUCCCUCUGCCGCCCCACGAACGUGUGCACCCUGGUGCCCCGCCGCCGCGCGGGCAUCUGCUUUGGGGACUCCGGCGGGCCCCUGGUCUGCAACGGGCUGAUCCACGGGAUCGACUCCUUCAUCAGAGGGAGCUGUGGCUCCGGCUUCUUCCCAGACGCCUUUGCCCCCGUCGCGCAGUACGCAAGCUGGAUCAACUCCAUCAUCCGCAGCCACAGCGGCCGCCCGCCUCUCCACCCCGCGGGCCCUGCAAGUAGGAGCCACUAGAAAGGGCUGCCCCAGUCACCCCACCCCACCUGCCCCUGGCCGGGCCCAUCCAUGCUGCCUUAUGCAGCAUCUGGCAGAAUAAAAACCUUCUCUGUUUUGUAGAA